ACGUUUUCAGAGAAGAUUGCAGAGACAGUCACGGCCAUUUUCCAGAUUUCUAGCGAAAACACCUUUAACUACUCAGGUAAAAAUGGCUUCUUUCCACGAUGCACGAGAGUUCCGGGGUAACCAAGGUGAAGAGGAGGAUGUCGAUGUGAUAUCCGUGGAGCCUAUCGCGAUGAUAGUGCCACCGGAGUUACAGGAUUCGCCCAGAACCGCCGCGCCUGGGAGUGACGUCAGUUCGAGCGUGAGCGGUGGUUCUGGGGGCCACCAGCCUUCAACCUCCAGUGAUUCGUCCAUGGCAGAGACACCUAGUGGGGCGGAGGGCGUUGAGGAGGUUGGCUGUGGUGCACCGGUGACAAGUGCAGCAGCAGAGGUGGUGGUGUUCGAAGGGUGGGAGAGCAAGGUUCUCAGCGGAAGGCUGGACAACCUUCGCAAGGCUCCCAAGACCCUGCCGGCCGGCUUCAAGUUCAGGGCGGUGCUUCAUCAUGAGGUCGCUGAUGGUGCUGCCACGGUGAAGGGGUACAAGAAGCUGGAAGAGAUAGUGAGAGUACGAGCUCGCGCUUUCGCAACUUACUCCCAACAGCAUAAAGUUCAUCAUAGGCUUUAUGCUGUUGUGCGAAAGGCUGGGGAUGCCUGCAAAGGCGGUGGUCUUCAGGUCGCUCUUCCUGUGCUGCUUGUGCCUGUCUACCAGCGGGAUGAGGUGGAUAACAACAAGCUCGCAGCCCGUCUGUCAGAGUGGCGUACACCGAACACGUAUAUGAACUAUCCCCAGAUGACCAGUGGUGAUGUCGACCUGAAGAAUCGGCUGCUCGACUAUGUGAAGGCGAGGGGGCUGGUGGAUCUGGAAACCUUGGUUACCCCGGAGCAGAUCGCACUUCACGGAUUUGUCGACGAGUCAUGAGCAGCAUCCUUGAGCGACAACGUCGGCGA